AUGGCUGUGGAGGGCCGGCUCUUGGGGGCAGCUGCCACCCUCACCAGCUGCGACUUUGACGACCCGGAAAGCCCGUUCUGUGACUGGAUCCAGCCGAAGGAUGACGGCGCCGAGUGGCUCCGAGGCGAAGGGCAAAAGCCCGGGGAGAGCCCCGGCCCCCCCGGAGGGCAUCCUGAACGGAGAGGAUCCUACAUCUACCCGGAGGCAAGAGGAGCGGUGCAGCUGCAAAGCCCAGAUCUGAACCCCGCCACGUCUGAGGUGUGCGUGGAGUUUCUGUAUUAUUUGUACGGUCUAGAAGAGGAGGACCAGCUGGGAGUGAACGUCCAGGAUCCUUCAGGGAACACCACCACCUUGUGGAGCCGAAGGGGACUGCAGAGUUCCGCCUGGCUGCUUGGAGCUGUGACUGUCCAGAACCCGGUUCAGCGCCCGUUUAAGGUUGUUUUCUCAGCCACCCGGGUGGAGACUUCGGAAAUUGGCCUGGCCUUGGAUACCAUCUCUGUCAGGGUCGGGCCUUGCUCACCCUGCGUGGCCGGGUGCAAUUUUGACACCCUGGACGAUCUCUGUCAGUGGGAGAACCCUCCGGAGGGAGACACCCAGUGGGAGCAGUGGGUCGGAUCCGGGGACCAGCCUGGCGUGGGACCAGAGGACGACUUCUCCAGACCCGGAUUUGGUGCCUACAUGUUGCUGGAUUCUCUGGCUCCUGAGAGCAGUGGGGCAGCCCUCCUGAAGAGCCCCCGGUACCACUCCCCGGGGGGCUGCCUCUCCCUAAGCUUUCACUACACCCUCCACGGAGUCUCGAAUGACACAGCCCUGAAAGUGUAUGCAGCCCCACCAGGAGCAGAAGCAGGGUCCCCUUUGCUCAGCUUCCAUGGGGAGCAUGGACCUCGCUGGAAUCCGGGAGCCGUUAAUUACACCGGGACAGCCGAGAUCCAGUUUGUCAUCGAAGGCAUUUACCGGGGGAAGCCUGGUCUGGCCAUAGACAGUGUCCGGAUCUCACCGUGUGAAGAGAUCUUCGCCCAGUGUGACUUCAACAACAACAAGGAUCCCUUCUGCGGCUGGGUCCAGCCUGAGGACAACGAUGCCUCUUGGACCCGGACGAACCAAACCACCCCCACAGAAGAGACUGGGCCCCCGGGGGAUUAUCCCCAUGGAGAGGGCUACUACAUCUACGCUGAAGGGGGUUCCCUGAAACCGGGCCAGUCCAUGCGCCUGUCCAGCCGGGCCUUCUGCACAGACACCGACGCCUGCGUGGAGUUCUACUACUAUAUGUUCGGCAUCGUGGAGGUCCAGACGCAGCUUCGGGUCCUCAUGGAGGGGCCUUCCGGGGCGGCCAUCCUGCUCUGGACUCGGACUGGGGUGCAGAGCCCAGAGUGGCUCCUGGGUUCUGUGUCGGUGCCGUACGGUGGACCCCAGCCAAGCAAGGUCAUUUUUGAGACUGUCCGGGGAAGCAGCCCCUACCUGGAUGUGGCGCUGGACAACAUCUCCGUGCGCAGGGGGCCGUGCACAGCCACGGGAGCCCCGACUCCUCCACCCAUCCCGGAAGCAACUGCGUCUCCUGGGGGCCCCACAGCUCCAGCCCCCAGCCCCCAGGCCACCACAAGCCACAGCAGGCCCACCACCACCUCGACCGUGCCUUGGCCCGCAGCCACGAGCUCCACAGCAGGCAGGCCCACGGCUGGCAGCCAAGGACCCUCCGCCAGCCCUGGGCCCGUGGCCCCUAGCAGCAGCCGGCCGGCCACCACCACUCAGAAGAGCCCGACUGCAGCCAGUGCUGGGAGCUCCACCACCACCAGAGGCCACGUGAGCUCCACCACCACCACCACCACCACCACGGCUGCUCCGGCAGCCUCUAGCCCAACCCCUAGUAGUAGUGCUCAGAGUACCAGACACCCCACCCCAGCACCCAUCAGGACAAGCACUGUCGGCACAGCUGCCAGCCACGCCACCAGCACCGUUACUGUGGGCCACUCCAGCGAGAGCCCAUCGAGGGCCACGACAGGCCACGCCACAUCCACCAUCAAUCUCAUCGGCUCCCCCACCACACCAAGUAGCCACGCCACUCCCAGCAGCAGCCAGGCUGCCCCCACUAGCCACCCCAGGACCAGCGCGACCAGGCCCCACACGGAGACGAGCCACGUCCACUCCAGCCCCUCCCCCAGUGGCCCCAGACCCUCAACCACGGUCCACAGGACCACCACCAGCCAGGCUGGGCCAAGCACCACAGCUGCCAGCCACAUCACCCCAGGCUACAGCAAGCCCUCUCUCUCCAGCCCCACAACUGCCAGCCCCACUCACCCUCUCUCUAGCAGCAGUUCCACAGGCCUCCCUGCCACCCCUGGCCACACCAGCCACGCCAGCUCCCCCCUCACGUCGGGUCACCCUGGCAGCAGCCAGAGCACCACUGGCCAAGCCGGCCCAUCAGUCACCAGCCCUGCCACCGGUCACAGCAGCUCUGGCCACACAAGUCCCUCCACGGCUGGCACCUCUGCUCCUGGCCUCACCAGUGGCAGCACCAGUACUAGCCCGGCCAGCCCUUCCCGAGCCACCAGCCCCAGCCCCCAAAUUAGCACCACACCAAUCCAUGCCCACCCCAGCACCACUGGGCCCCACACGGAGCCGAGCCACAUCCACUCCAGCCCCUCCCCCGGUGGGCCUAGCCCCUCAACCACGGUCCACAGGACCACCAGUCCUGCCGGCCCAAGAACCACAGUUGCCGGCCAGAAUGUCACGCUCCUCACCACCUCGGGCCACAGCAAGCCCUCUCCCUCCAGCCCCACAACUGCCAGCCCCACUCGCCCUCUCUCUAGCAGCAGUUCCACGGGCCUCCCUGCCACCCCUGGCCACACCAGCCACGCCAGCUCCCCCCUCACAUCGGGUCACCCUGACAGCAGCCAGAGCACCACUGGCCAAGCUGGCCCACCAGCCACCAGCCCUGCCACUGGUCACAGCAGUUGGGCCACAGGCAGCUCUGGCCACACAAGUCCCUCCACGGCUGGCACCUCUGCUCCCAGCCUCGCCAGUGGCAGCACCAGUACUAGCUCAGCCAGCCCCUCCCGAGCCACCAGCCCCAGCCCCCAAAUUAGCACCACACCAAUCCAUGCCCACCCCAGCACCACUGGGCCCCACACGGAACCAAGCCACGUCCACUCCAGCUCCUCCCCCGUUGGGCCUAGCCCCUCAACCACGGUCCACAGGACCACCAGUCCUGCCAGCCCAAGCACCACGGUUGCCGGCCAGAACGUCACACUCCUCACCACCCCGGGCCACAGCAAGCCCUCUCCCUCCAGCCCCACAACUGCUGGCCACGCCAGCCCCAGUGCAGGCAGCACCCCAGGCCAUGGCAACCCCCAGCCCACCAGCUCCGCACCUUCCAGCCCCAGCAGCAGCAGCAGCAGCAGCCAGCCCAGCUCCUCCACAACUGGCCAGACCAGUCCAACCACUGCCGACCACGUCCACGCCUCCACAGCCACCCCCAAACCUACCACGACCCCCAGCGGGGAGAGCCCCACUGCCACCAGAGCCCCACCUGCAGCCAGCCCCACAGUCCCUGGGGGCACCACCCCACACGCCAGGCCAACCACUCCAGCCACGCACCCCACCGUGCCCGGACAGACAACAUGGCCCGCCAGCACCCGGAGGAGCAGCACCCCUGCCCCAUUGCGCCCCAGCACCCCUGCGACAAAGCCCACCAGCGUCCCGGAGACCUCAAGAGGCCCAACAGCCACGCGGGAGACUCCGGCCCUGCCUCCAGCCCGAGAGACCUGCACCAUCUCCGGAGACCCCCACUACACCACUUACGACGGCCGCCUCUUCCACUUCAUGGGCACCUGCACCUACCUGCUCUCUGCGGUCUGCAAUGCCACCACCGGCUUGCCCGCCUUCCGGGUCGAGGCCACCAACGAACACCGCGGAGCCAACUACAAGGUCUCCUACGUCAAGUCUGUCAGCGUGGAGGUCUACGGGGCCCGGAUCGUGCUCCUGAAGGGCCGGAGAGUCACCCUGGAUGGAAAGCGGGUCUCCUUGCCGGCUUCUGUGGCCGACGGACGGGUCUUGGUGCGCCUGAGUGGGACCUUUGUUUUGGUCCAAGCGGAUUUUGGCCUCUGGGUGCGCUUCGAUGGGAACCACCACGCGGAAGUCUCUGCCCCGUCGCCCUACAGUGGGCAGCUCUGCGGCCUGUGUGGGAACUACAACGGACAGGUUUCCGAUGACAACCUCAUGCCCAACGGCACCUCGGCUGGGACAGACGCCGACCGGCUGGGGGAGAGCUGGCAGGUGCCGGACGCCGGAGACGCCGGCUGCACCAACACUGGAGACCCCGGAGAGUGUGACAAGGACAUUGCAGCCGAAGCUCAGAAGCCCACCAGUUGUGGGAUCCUGACAGACCCCCAAGGUCCGUUUGCCCCGUGCCACAGCCGAGUGCCCCCCGAGGGGCCGUUCCGGAGCUGCGUCUACGACCUCUGCGGCACCGGAGGGGACGCCGGCUCCCUCUGCUUCGCUCUGCAGUCCUACGCCGACCGCUGCGCCCAGGCCGGGAUCCCCAUUGCCUGGAGGAACAGCAGCUUCUGCCCCCUGAACUGUCCCCCCGGCAGCUCCUACACGCCCUGUGGCCCAGCCUGCCCCGCCACCUGCACAGACCCCGCCACCUCCCAGAACAGCUGCUCAGGCGUGCCCUGCGUGGAGGGCUGCGUCUGCGACGAGGGCUACCUUCUGAGCGGAGACCAGUGUGUCCCCGUCGACCAGUGCGGCUGCACAGACGCCAGCGGGCAGUACCACCCGGUCGGGGAGAGCUGGAUGGGGAACGGAGACUGCACCCAGCGCUGCCUUUGCGCCAGUCGAGGCAACAUCAGCUGCGAGGAGUGGAGCUGCAGCCCCGUCCAGGAGUGCCGCCCAGCGGAGGGGCUGCUGGGCUGUCAGGACGCAGCCCGAGAGACCUGCACCAUCUCCGGAGACCCCCACUACACCACUUACGACGGCCGCCUCUUCCACUUCAUGGGCACCUGCACCUACCUGCUCUCUGCGGUCUGCAAUGCCACCACCGGCUUGCCCGCCUUCCGGGUCGAGGCCACCAACGAACACCGCGGAGCCAACUACAAGGUCUCCUACGUCAAGUCUGUCAGCGUGGAGGUCUACGGGGCCCGGAUCGUGCUCCUGAAGGGCCGGAGAGUCACCCUGGAUGGAAAGCGGGUCUCCUUGCCGGCUUCUGUGGCCGACGGACGGGUCUUGGUGCGCCUGAGUGGGACCUUUGUUUUGGUCCAAGCUGAUUUUGGCCUCUGGGUGCGCUUCGAUGGGAACCACCACGCGGAAGUCUCUGCCCCGUCGCCCUACAGUGGGCAGCUCUGCGGCCUGUGUGGGAACUACAACGGACAGGUUUCCGAUGACAACCUCAUGCCCAACGGCACCUCGGCUGGGACAGACGCCGACCGGCUGGGGGAGAGCUGGCAGGUGCCGGACGCCGGAGACGCCGGCUGCACCAACACUGGAGACCCCGGAGAGUGUGACAAGGACAUUGCAGCCGAAGCUCAGAAGCCCACCAGUUGUGGGAUCCUGACAGACCCCCAAGGUCCGUUUGCCCCGUGCCACAGCCGAGUGCCCCCCGAGGGGCCGUUCCGGAGCUGCGUCUACGACCUCUGCGGCACCGGAGGGGACGCCGGCUCCCUCUGCUUCGCUCUGCAGUCCUACGCCGACCGCUGCGCCCAGGCCGGGAUCCCCAUUGCCUGGAGGAACAGCAGCUUCUGCCCCCUGAACUGUCCCCCCGGCAGCUCCUACACGCCCUGCGGCCCAGCCUGCCCCGCCACCUGCACAGACCCCGCCACCUCCCAGAACAGCUGCUCAGGCGUGCCCUGCGUGGAGGGCUGCGUCUGCGACGAGGGCUACCUUCUGAGCGGAGACCAGUGUGUCCCCGUCGAGCAGUGCGGCUGCACAGACGCCAGCGGGCAGUACCACCCGGUCGGGGAGAGCUGGAUGGGGAACCGAGACUGCACCCAGCGCUGCCUUUGCGCCAGUCGAGGCAACAUCAGCUGCGAGGAGUGGAGCUGCAGCCCCAUCCAGGAGUGCCGCCCAGCGGAGGGGCUGCUGGGCUGUCAGGACGCAGGAGUGGCCGCCUGCCACGUGGCCGGGGACCCCCACUACUACACCUUUGAUGGCGCCAUGGUCUCCUUCAUGGGGACCUGCACCUACACGCUGGUGAUGGUGUGCCACGGGGACCCUCGCCUCCCCUCCUUCAACAUCACGGCCAAGAACGAAGAGCGUGGGCAGCCAGAGGCCUCCUACCUCCGCUCCGUGACCGUGGAGGUGGCCGGGGCCACCGUCACCCUGCAGAAGAGCCGGCGGGUGCUGAUCGAUGGCCUGCGUGUCCGGACCCCCGUGGAGGGACAGAUUCCCGGCGUCUCCAUUACCACCAGUGGCAUCUAUGUAGUCCUGGAAACAGAUUUUGGGCUGGUGGUGAAGUUUGAUGGGAACCACCACCUGGAGAUCCAGUUGCCAGGGACUUACUUUGGCAAGGUGUGUGGCAUGUGUGGGAACUUCAAUAACCAAAGCCAAGACGAGCUUCUGAUGCCAAACGGGCACUUGGCCAGCAACGCCAGCCAAUUCGGGAACAGCUGGAAGGCCCCCGGUGAUGCUGACCCAGGCUGCCAGCCAGACGACCGAGAGGACCUGGAGCCCAGAUGCACCCCGCAGGAGAUGGAGCGGCUGCGUCCCUCGUGCUGGGAGAUCCUGGGCCCCAAGUACCAGGCCUGCCACAGCGUCAUUGACCCACAGCCCUUCCUGAAGAACUGCCUGUUCGACCUGUGCGAGUACCAGGGCAUGGCCUCCGUGCUCUGCGACAACCUCCAGUCCUACGUGGAAGCCUGCAAGAGCCAAGGCGUGGCCGGCCUCUCCUGGAGGAACAGCACCUUCUGCCCCCUCCCCUGCCAGCCACACAGCCGCUACAGCGAAUGCACCUCGCCCUGCCCGGCCACCUGCGCCAACCUCUACGCCCCCGCCAGCUGCCUGCGCCUCACGGCCUGUGUGGAAGGCUGCGCCUGUGACCGGGGCUACGUGCUGAGCGACGACAGCUGCGUCUCGAUGCGGGACUGCGGGUGCCUGGACAACCACCAGGAGUACCACAGCCCUGGAGAUUCCUGGGUGACGGCCGGCUGCCUCCAGCGCUGCUCCUGCCUGGACAACGGGAAGAUCACCUGCCAGCCCUUGCAGUGCCUGCCUGGGUCCCACUGCGCACUCAGUGCCACCGGAGAGCGCUACUGCCGGCCAGCCAAAUUCCACCGCUGCGUGGUCUCCGGCGACCCCCACUACCGCACCUUCGACGCCUUCGUCCACCACUUCCAAGGCCGGGCCACCUACACCCUGACCCGGACCCUGGGUGGGCUGCCUGGGGCCCUCGAGGCCCUCUCCGUAGCAGGCAGGAACCGCCGCCGCUUCCCCCUCCAGCGCGUCUCCUUCCUGCGCGAGGUCUACGUCUCGGUGUACGGAUACCGCGUCACCCUGAUGCAGGGACGCAAGCUGGCGGUAAAUGGCGUGAAGGUCACUCCCCCGUUCUACCCCCGGGACGGGCUCCAGAUCACCCAGAGGGGCCGCAGCCUCCUUCUGCAAACAGAUUUUGGGUUCUCUGUCUCCUUCGAUGGCAAAGAUUUUGCUGAGAUUGUCCUGCCCAGCACCUACCAGGAUCGCGUGGGUGGCCUGUGUGGGAAUUACGACGGACAGCGGAACAACGAGUACAUGAAACCGGACGGGACGUGGACCCGGAACCUGAACACCUUUGGGAACAGCUGGCAGGUCUCGAGCCAGAGGACGGCCCCGGGGCUGGAGGCAGGCAGCCACUCCCGAGCCAGGCGCGAGGAACCCGAGGAGGAAGUCGAGUCAGGGUUCGAGGUGGACUGCAGCCCAGAGCAGCUGGCUCACGUGAACGGGACGGAGGUCUGUGGGGUCCUCUCUGACCCCCAGGGACCCUUCGCGGCCUGCCACGGCAUUGUGCCUCCCAGCAGCUCCCAAGAGAACUGUGUGUACGACCUCUGUGCUCUGUUCAACGACACGGAACUGCUGUGCCAGGAGUAUGAGGCCUACGCCUGGGCCUGCCAGGAGGACGGGGUUGCCCUGGGGCUGUGGAGGCAGAAGACAGGCUGUGAGAUGUCCUGCCCGGCUCACACCACCUACAAGCCGUGCAUGACCGCUUGCCCCGCGAGUUGUGCCAACAUGGCGGCCCAGUCAGACUGCGAGGCGCCCUGCGUGGAGGGCUGCGCCAGCGACCCCGGCUACAUCCUCAGCGGGCUGGACAGCGUUCCCUACAACCAGUGUGGCUGCAGCCACAGUGACCAGUAUUACCAGAUCAACGACACCUUCCUGACAGAAGACUGCUCCCAGCGCUGCACUUGCCGCAACACAGAGAUGCUGGUGUGCCAGAAAGCCGGGUGCUCAGACGGGGAGCUCUGCGCCGUGGCAAACUACACCCGCGGCUGCUUCAAAGAGGGUCCCUGCCUCAGCAACCCUUGCCAGAAUGAGGGGAUCUGCGAAGAAACCUCAGGCAGCUUCCAGUGCCUUUGCCUGGAGGGCUAUGUGGGGCCCCUCUGUGAAGAGAUGCCAUUCGAUGUUCUUCCCAGUCCCACAGCCCCUCCAUCAGCAUCUGCCACGUUCCCUCCGUCAAUGUCUGCCACACCUCCCACAUCAGGCAAGACAGAGCACCUCACCGUCAUCCUCCUCGGGGUCCUGCUUCCUCUCGGAUUAAUCCUCAUUGUUGUGGCAGUCGUCUGCAUCUGUCAACGGAGAAACAAGAAGAAGACGGAGGAGGACCACUUGGACAUCUUGUCUGCUGCAGAAGCUCCAGAUGCAUCCGGCAAGAGAGUCACCCGCUUCUGAGGCUCCAAAUGCGCCGCUGAGACGGAUUCCUUCCCUCUUCCCCGCCCAAGAUGGAGACCUUCACCGUUGGUCUUCAAAUGAUGGAUCGCUGAGGGGAAGACUGAAAAGCCGCCCUGGAUGCUCUGAUGGCUCACCCUGGUGGAAACUGUGCUGAUGGGAAUGCCUCUAGGAAUUGCUUCAGUGGCAGCCCCAGAUGAAAGGGACAGAACCAGGCUGUCCAAAAACUAGGGGAAUCCCAGCCUCAAUCCCUGGAGUCUGAUUGGCUCGGAGAAAGAAAGGGGAGGGGCUGGGGGCACACAGCCCUAUAUGUGCCAAGCACGGCCUCCCCCAGUCCCAUUUCUCCUCCUGGGAUCUGCAGCGCACAGCAUUUCCAGAGGUGCCCUUGCAGGGAACAGGCUGAGCAGCCCAGAUUCCUGGGUUCCUUUUCUCUCACAGCUGCUCUGGGUUCCAAAUGCAGCCCCCCAGUCAAGAGGUGUGAGCCCCACUCCUCUGGGCAGGGAGAGGACCGCAGGGGCUCCCUGCGUGCCUGGAACACUGUAGAGGAAUUACAGCGAAGGAGGAAACCAAUGCGAAUAAAGUGGCGAAUCCUUGCCAGCA